GAAGGCGGCCGCACUGCUGCCCCCCGCCGCCGCAGCCGAGCUGCUCGCCACCCUCAAGAUCAAGCCUGAUCCUCCCCCACCGUUGCCCCUCGGCGAGGCCGAGAUCAGCUCCGCCGAGGCCAAGAAGCGUGCUGCCACCCGCGCGGUCCAGCAGGCCAUUGACGCUCGCCUCCGCCUCGAGGAGCAGAUCGCUGCUGCCGACAAGAAGGUCGACGAAGCUAUCAAGAAGGAGGAGGAGGCCCAGCAGGCCGUCGAGCUCGCGGCCCGCAACCUCGCUGCGCGGGUCCUCCCAGUGCCCGAGGCGGCGCCGCCAUCGUCGGGUUCGGUGCUGCACAUCGGCGCGCUGUUGGAGGACCCAGACUCGGUGCGGCUGGACUUCGGCGAAUCCAUCGACGUCACGGGCCCCGCCUUCUCGGACGAGGACCGAGCGAAGUUCAGCAAGUUCGCCGAGCAGCAGCGCAUCGCUGCCACGGAGCUCCUCCGCAAGGCUUUCUCGGGUGUCGCCGAGCAGGCCACGAAGCUCCAGUCCGAGUACGUCUCCUACGUUAACCAGAUUCAGAAGAAGCGCAAGGCGGAGGACGGCCAGGGCGUUGCAGUCCAGCAGCCGUCGGCCCCUCCUGCAGCGGCGGCCAGCCCCCCUGCAGGCGCGGCGGCGGCGGCCAGCCAGGAGCCUCCUGGCCCAGCGGCGCCUGACGCCUCGCCCACGCCCGCUGAGGCCGCCGAGCUGGAGGCCGAGCGGCGCCGGGAGGCCGUCCGCGCCGCCAGCGCGGCCCGCGCAGCUGCCAAGCUGGUGUACGGGAACAUCUCGUGCUGGGGGCCCCAGGCGGAGCGCUGGCUGGCGGAGACGCCUGCAGACGUGGUGGUCUUGGUUGAGACCAGGGUGCGGGGUGUUAAGUAUACCCAGAUGUGCGCGGCCGCGAGGCGGCUGGGCUGGAAGGCGGUUGGCGGAGAGGCCGACGCCACGGAAGCCUCUUCCACGUCGGCGGGGGUGGUGAUCUUCGCCCGUGCCCGACUUGGGCUCGCCUCGCUGUGCCUCGAGGCGAACGGAGGCUGGACAUCAAGUUCCUGUUCGCGCUGGUGCGUGGCUACCCUCAGGCUGCGCCGCGUCACGCUCACCAUCGUUCCGAUCUACAUGGUCUCGGGCGAUGAGUUGGGCGGCCGCAACCUCAAGUUGCUUUCUCAAGUGGGUGCUCGGCUCGGCCAGUUGGCGGGCCCUCUCUUCAUCGUUGGGGACUGGCAGUCUGUGUCCAGCGAGCUGGCGACGACUGGCUUCAUGGCGGCGCUCGGCCUGGUCGAGGUGCGUUCGGGUCUGCAGGUCACGUGUACUGGCGGCAGGGGCGCGGGGCGUGCCAUCGACUUCGCCUUGGUCUCGUCCUUCUUCGUGUCGGCUGUGCAUUUUGCAGGGGUCGACGUCUCGGCCCCGUGGGGCACCCACCUCGCGCUCUCCUACAACAUCCUGGCCAACCCGAGGUCGCUCAGGGGCUGGUGCGUGGUCAUGCCGAAGGCGCUGGACAUCUGUGUCGCCUCCAAUGAGAGCUACGACCUGGACUGGGACGUCGCCCUCUCUGAGGCCCGAGCCUUUCGCCAGCGCUCCUCUGCCCGUUUUACCUCUAACUUUGAGGCGGCUAGCCUCGCCAUUGCCGAUCACGAUGUGCCGCAGACUGCCCUUCUGCUCGGAAGCCAGCUCGGGGAGUGGGCCCUAGCUCUGGAGUUU